GUCGUUGAUGCCAGCAACUUUUGCUUGUUCAUGCCCCCCGCUGAUUCGGUCAACCGCAACAUCGCUGACACUGAGUGGAACGCAGAGGCAUUCUGUAUCGGAAAAGCACCAAAGGCUACCAAUGCCGGUAAGCUCAACGACAACUUUAUCCUGUCCGCCCACUACCUUGCCACCGAUGAAUACGUUCAGGUCACCGGUCAGAUCGAUCCUAUUAAGGGUAAUCUCAACGUCACAGACGACGGUGGACAGUACGAUAUCAAGGCUCCCGAUGGUUCAUCGUGUGCCGGGUGGCUGUUCUAUGUCAACCUUGUAGAGCCUACCAUUGGAACCUACUGCAUGAGAUGCUGUAACGAUUCCAAGACUUGUAACCGUGGCAUUUCCGAGAAGGGUUGCGCUCAUAUCAUUCCCGGUGACUAC